CAAAACUGAGUGCUGAAAGAAAAGGUCGUAACUGGUGGGAUGAAGUUCUUUCCAUAAUUGCAAGGAUGAGACGAGCUGUUGUUCAUGCAACACGCUAUCGCGGAAUGCGCGCGAUAGCUUGGUCUCGAAGAAAGUAGCGAAACUGGCCUUAAAUUAUUCGACGACAAAUGGAAAAGGAAAAACGGAGAAAAGGAGGCAUAUCGAAUGCAUAGAAAUUGCAGUUCAGAAAAAUCAAAAUUGAGCAUACAUAGUAGUAUAUGUAAGUACUGUAGCACCAUGUACACGAGCUACAACAGUGAAACAGCUUUCGACCUCCUAGUUUGUUUUUCAACAAUGAAAACUUGGACAUGAAGUCUGUUCCUUUUAUUUGAUGGAUAUCCGGCACGAAUGAAACAGAGGGUCCUCCUCGAGAUCUAGCUUGUUUUUCGAAAAAUGUAAGAACUUCGGAGCAACGCACACUUUCAGCGUUUCCGGAAAUCGCUCGUAUCUCCGAUAUCGGCAAUGGCGGAGCACGAACGUCAGAUCAGAAACGCCUCGCAGGUAAGGCAUCCUGAUCCUUUUCAGCGAACGAGAUAGCAAAUUGAAAUUUCUAGGACGAUGCAGGAGGUGGUAGGAAAUGGUGCGGCGCGACCGCCCUUACGCAUUUUCCGUAAACGCAAGAGGCGGAAAUCUCGAGACAGCCUUCAUAAGAUUUGUGGCGAGGAUCCUGUUGUAGCGAAUGCAGAUGCAGAGGAACGACCCUUCUAUGACGAUAUGGACGGUGUAUCAGUCGUACCAGAAGAGGAUCCAGAAGGGGUGACCCGAGAAGAUUUUCCUCAACAGGCUUGUCAAAUUCAACUAAGAAGAAUGGCAACAUCCCAUUUACCCGUGUCGACGACGAGGUGCUCGAGAAAUGCGAUACCACGAAGUCGAAGGAGAAAACGGCGCAAAGAACUACAGCUUCGGAGAAGAUUGUGCAGCUAUUCUUGUGAUGGACGAGAGUCCAAAAAAUUGGUCACUGGCAGUGCCAUGAAGAUCCGAAGACCGCAUAGCGGCUAUGGAGCACCGUCAGCCCUGGCCACCUUCCUUCCCCCACAUGCUCUAUUUCUGAAACGACUCUUUGCCACCUACUUCAGAGGACGCUCUUUGUUGUGCCACCUUUUUGCCUUUUGGCUCGCACUCCUGCUGUUGCCGUUGUUUUGGUUCGCAGAUGCGAAAAUUCCAGAUUCAGCUGUGGAGCAGCUGCGAGAUUCGUUGCCCAACGGGAACUAUAUGGCACAAAUGUUCGAGAAUUGUGAUAAAAUACUCUUUUCGACUCCUGGGCGACCGGACGGUUGUCAGAUUGACACCUACUCAGCCGAAUACGCCUUCGAAGUCUUCGAUCUGAAGAGGAAAUUUGCAAACGAGACUACGUUCAAAAUGGAUACGUGCGACGCGUAUUCUGAUUUAGUACUAGUUUUGUCCUGAUGAAAGUAGAAUGUCGAGUACCUCUAACUAUGUAUAUGGCUAUCCUCAGUUCCGCUUCCUCGCCUUGUUCCUCACAGGGAUGAACUCUUCUUGUUUGCGUAGACGCUGUAUUAAGUGACUCGCAGUCACAGCAUGGCACCUACAUCCAAUGUGUCAGCAGGUACCUACGUGUUCAGCGAAAUAUGGCGUCUGCGAAGGCGAGCUGUGAGGUGGCUACUACCGCGAACUUAGACUACUGGCCUUUGGAGUGCAUGAUGCUAGAGGCGGAGCUCGAUCGGCUGUACCGCAACCGAACUCUGGAGCAGAAUGUUGUUUGCAAUAUCCUGACCCAAGGCCGCCGCGACGCGCUGACCGCAAGUGCGAGCCAGCUGAAUGUUGUGAAUUGCAACGAGUUAGCCCACGUGUACAUCACCAAAUAUCACCCGUUUUUGUACCGCAAGGACGUGGAGCAAAGGGAUGGACAGUGGAGUCAGCACUGUCGGGCGCGAUUGUGCGAAACCCAAAAAUUCUUUUACACCCGAAUACGGCCUAGAGGAGUACAAGUUUGGAACGUGACCUCGACCACGACAACGACGACGCCAGGUGCUGGAGGCGCCACACCAGCUGCUGGAGCAGCAGCAGCAGCAGCAGCGGCGGCGUCAAGUGGUAGCGGCAAUACCUCAAACAGCACAUUGCUUCGGUCAUUAGCAGGAAGCGAUGGACUUACUUCGGCCGAGAAGAAGGGUAAAAAUGGUCGUAAUGUGGAACCUGCAUCCCGGAGACUACUGGAAGACUCUUCAAAUGCUAUAAGAGGAGGAGAAGUAGAUGGGGAACCGCGAAACAAGGAAGAACAUUUUUUCAUGACAGCAGACGGUGAGCAUCGCGUUUUGUCCAAAGCUGAAGUGAGAAAGCUUUUUGAGGUCGACGAUAGCGGAAACAAUAUCGGCAGUCUUAAAGACCAUACCAAUCUGAUUCAGCUAGAUGAAGAACCCAGCAGAGGAGCCUCGACGAAUGUGAAGAACCAACGGCAGGAUUCUUCUAAUGCGGGAGACGCGAGUCCUCUUGUUCAUUCAGACGCAGGAAGCAGAGGAAAAGUGGGACGAUGUGGGGAGGAAGUCGGUGAAGAGAUUAACCAGAGUCCCACAUGUUCGGCCGGCGUGCACGACGACCGAUUCCGAUAUGGGAGCGACAACCGUAUUGAGCAGUAUCGUGAAUUAGUCUCUAUUUCUGACGUUCUCCUUGCGGAACUAGAUGCCGGUAAACGCGAACGGCUCAAAGCAGAAGCUGCAGAACGUGCACGGCGGAAGACUGUGCAAUGGCGUGCGGAGAAUGCGAGAUUGUCAACGGAUUUUACCCCCAUUGUGCACUUGGCGCGAAACAGACGGCAGCGGCGUAGGAAGAACACGAGUCGGGCUGCUAGUCGAAGAAAACUGGGAGGGGGCAUGAAGCGCAUGAAGGGUGCUGCUGCUGCUUCGAUAAGGCCCUCGCCCUCUAGCGAAAGUAGACCAGGGCACUCCAGAGUCGCAGCCCACGAAGAAACCAAUGUGGAAAUAGGAGGUGGUAGGGGGAUCGACGAAGAUGUUGAUCUGCACAUGGUUUUCAACCCCAGGAAGCUGCAGCAGGAAUUGAUUUUGUCAACAAGCGGAGCAUGGGAUAAUCCCGGCACUGCUCCCGGAUCGCGGACAGAAGGCAAGUUUUCUUCACCUAGUAGAAGUCCUGGAGCCAUGAAGCACCAGGCAGAUGCGGAUAAUGUCCAUGAUCUUGUCGUAGGUUCAAGAACAACUAAUGGGCCGCGGCCGAAAUUGCAGGUCAGAGAUGGUAAGACUGCAGCUUUGCUCGGGAUGCAGGAGCUGGCGCCAGCAGAAAAACGCGAUAGCUAUGCCUUCUCCGGUGACGACCCUUUCAUUAGCGAAGGGGAGUUUUAUCAUGCAGAUGGCGAUACGCAACGACGUCAGUUACUGGAGACAUCCACGACUGACAGAGACACGGAGAAUAAGGAGCCCUUGGACACGCCCCCGCGUGUCAAGAUAAGAGAGCCUCUAGAGAAGAACAGUCGGGGAGAGCAUGUCUCGGAUAUUAGCAGCAGAAGUACCAGAGCUUCUACUGGAGUCUCUACUAUUAUUAGCAUUAGUAGGGAUCGACAUUCUGCAAGCACCGAAAAUAGUGACACCUCCUUGGCCGCGCCACGACUAUUGCAGAGUAAUGCGAUCGAUCCUACGAUCGAGCCGUACACUUUCUGGCCCCCGACGUUUUACCUUGACGGGUGUGAUCGGUUGAGCUACAUGCCCUUCGAUCAGUACCAGUGCUCGUCGUAUCUCGAGAAUAUUGCCUUCUGUGACUGCCUCAUUCCCGAGCUGCAGAACCCGGUCCAUCAGGCGGACGAUAACUGCUACGCCGACUACGAGCGCUAUUUCAUGUUUGGGCGUCGUGGAUUGGCUGAGGCGCAGUUGAGUGAGGCAUGCGAAGCGAGUUUACGCGUUUUUCUGGAGAAGAUUCGCUACUUGCCUCAAUGUCGAGUCGCCAAUCUGCCGAACGAGAACGAGAUGCCGUUUUUGUCUUUGCCGACGGAAAUGGCAGCCACCAAGGGUCUAGAAGACGCAGAUGUGGUCGGGAAUCCGCAGUUCGACCAAUUAUUGCAACUAGCGAAUCAACUGCGUAAGGACCAUCCGAGUUGUCCCUGGAAGAAGGACAGCGGAGAAGCCAAUAUCAUGGAGUGCAUGGACCAUUUCCGAUGUCACGUGAACUUUGACGGCUGGGGAUGCUGUACGACCGGUUACCGCGCCGCGAUCGCCCAGCCCUGGCACUACGUGGAAGCGUGGCAUCAAGAUAGCUCCCUUUGCUGUCCGCACAACGAAACCUUGGACGCUUUCGGAAAUAUCGUGACCUUGUUCGAGCGACCUAUACCAAGCACGCGGCCAGCGGGGAACCGACGGUGUCCACCGGAGGUGCCGGUAAUGUGCGAUGAGCUCGCAUCGGGUGGCUCAGGCGACUUUAUCUGUCGAGGGGAAUGCGCGCGAAAACGAAGCUGCAGCCCGAUUCCUAUGCUUUAGUAUCAAUCUUUGUUCGUACUACUACUAGUACGUACAAUUCACCUACUAUUUAGAUGCCGACGCUACCGUAAUAUUGUGGAACAAAUUUGGAGCCUGAAAGCAUGCAGCAGCAGCAGCAGCAGCAGCAGUGGACUAAUGGAGUAGUUCUCUCCCGAAUCAAACAUAUUACUAUUGAAGCAGCCAUGAUGUCCUCAUUCUAAUAUUCUCCACCCGGAACCGGUGCUUCUUAUGGAAACCAAUGAUACGCAGAGCACUGUUGAUAUGGAGCUGCAAGGAAAUGGCUGCUGUGUCUACGACGACAUGAUUACGAUAGCCAUAGAGACCACGUCCAAAAUAUCGUGUCUUUUUCUCUGCGAGAUUGAUACGGACUGCUUGGGAGCCACUGUCUCUGCAGGUCCAGGUCCAAUUCCAUGUAGGCAUCAUCUCUUGGAUGAGGUAAGAACCAUGAAAUUGAACGGCUUCCGCCUAGGCUGCCAACCAAGCUUGAGCCCCGGAAACACGGAACAGUCCGACAGGGAAUGCUGGCUAAGAAAAAGUACUAAUAAAAUUGAGUGUUAAUACAGUUUUUCUUGGUCUCUGUUACACACAGGGACUAACACGAAGCGGUAGCAGUAGAUUGGAGUUCUUCAGGCUCUAAUUGACAUGCUCUUUUGUUUGAGAAAACAUAAAGAUUUUGGUCUUCUUUGGUUUCAAUCAGCAUCACAGUUAUCCAUUUGUGCUUCAGUACAACAAAUACCAAUGUAACUUUCUGGAAUUAUAUAUUCUACAUCAUACUACACUCGGGACUAAUUUAUAAUCUAUGUCAGCCUGGUGUAAGUUCUCCCACUUUAUUUCUUACGUGUACACAGAUAUUAUCUACUUCCCACCUCAACGAACACUCGCAGUUAUCCUGACCGCUUCACCGGAGGAAGAGAUCGCGCAACCUACAGUAUUUAUGGAUCUUCUGCUUGGUUUCUGUAUCGUGUUGGCCAUAGCUGGAGCCGCAGGGGUAGCGCUGUACCUACGGAUGGUGCGGUUAGAGCGAAUACGAAUAAUACGGGAGAGACGGCGGCAAAAAACGGACCCAACCAUGUACGAUUUGGAGUACGCGGGCAAAAAGGUAACUGCAGGCAAGAUACUAGAGAACAUGAACGACGAAGUCGAGGUUCCAGAGAGCUCGUCGGAUGAGGACGAUGGAAAGAUUACGGCUACAUUGCAGUACGUAAGAAACAGUAACUCCUUGUAAGUACUAUUACGAUUACCACACUUCUAGAUCUAGGUCAGUUGUUAUGAAACUUGUUAACUGUAGCUCCUGAACGUGGACGUUUUUUCUGCCAUAAUGAGUACUAGGGUCAGCGUAGUAGUAGUACUAGGGUUUUGAAUUCCACUUCCAGACCACAUCACCACGUAGUUUCCUCUCUUCUAAAUCAGCAAACAGAGCGCGACCCGGACAGACUUCUCCCACAAAGCAGGGGAAAAAGGAGUUGCAUGGAAGUGGAGCCUCUCCUACUAUGAAGCGAAGAGCGAAAACUCCAUCGGAGAAAAUGGCGGCUUUAUUAAGGCUCCCGACAAUUCAUCUUCACAGAUUAAAUCUUUCCCUUUCCUUGUUAGAUUCUGAGAAUAUUUCUCUUGGAUAUGAAUUAGUGUGAGCUCUAACUCGAGACCAGUUUGGCAAGGUCGUGCGGGCAGGGCAGAAGCUCAAUUUCAAGGAAGAUUUCGACCGCGUCGACAAACGGGCUACGAUAGACGCCUCGGACAACGUCGGUGGCCUUCCUGUGCGUUUGGCCAGCGACGUGUUGAAGGGGAAACAGGAUGCCACGAUAGGCCGGGCAAAGGAGACCCUGAAAGCGAGUGAUUGGCGAGUGAAAGACGAUUCGCGAAAGUUGAACAAACUGAAAAAGAGAGCGAGAAAUUAUGACUCCUCUCUCAGAUGAAAUCGUCACUUCUGACUCACGAACUUCUUCUGUUCAUUUGCAUUUAUAGCAUUACAAGUUCUAUUCAGUCUCUGCUCUUUAUGUACAACUUCCUAGCUGCUCUUUCUCUAAUUCGUAGCCGGCUUGAAGUUGGAUCGCUACCUGGCUCUACGCCAGCUGCAAGCCAGUCAGGGUUUGCGGGACCCUAGGACGAUCAGGGCCUUAGAGUUGAAUGAGGACGGCGAAUACGUGAUGGGUCCUGCCCGGCGUGCUUGGCUGGAGUCUAGUGAUGGCGCGAGGUACCUCAUGACCAAUACUGGCGGUUUCGUGAAGGUCGGGGACGACGCGGAGGGCACCUACCCGCAGUACGAAAGGCUGCUAGAACAGAUGCGAGCUUCUCCAGGAGGUACUCUUCAGAUUGACGCGGUUGCGGCGCAGCAGCUAGACGAGGCCUUGGAGGGAACCCUCGGAGACGAAACGCUUGGGGACUCGACGUUUGGGGGAACGAGUGGCGAAUUCCUAAGCGCGGAGGACGCGAAGAAUUUGCUCUCAGGCGGACUCACGGCGACAGAUAUCCUAGGAGAUGCGAGUAUUGACGACGAACUGGCCCUGGAAGCGCGAAGACAUGCCGCAAUAGACAAAUUCAAAGUCAUGCCACAUGCGAAAGGACAAGUACUUUCUGCUUCUGGAAGUUGAUGAUUAUAGGCCACGAUUACUACAACUUCUGGCACAACAUACGACCCAUGCGAUAACGCUAAUUAAUCAUAUCAGAAGAACAAGUAAGUAAAUCCUAUAAAUAUACUUUCCUCCAUCUUCUUCUCCAAUUAUCUUGAUUUCGUCAAUCUUCCCAUUCUACUUAACUAAAUCUACAGCAAUUGAUGGACCAAAUAUCACCAAAACGACGGGAGCGACGGUGGCCAUUAGGUACAGAUCUCUCGACGCAGCCGUUUGAGUUCAAUACGCAGUCUCUAGAGGCUACAGAUCCACGACGCGGUUUGAAGAGUUAUAGUGUGGAACCGCGAAGCCCCCAGGGGGAGCGCAUUCGCUAUCAAAAGGAGUACGAAAGAGAAGCCGCAGAAGAAGAUUACUACGACCCCGUAGAGAAAUAUCCGAGUCUCGUCAUCGCUGUAGACCUCUUCAAAGGACACGGAGGAAGCUUGGGGCUGAAGUUUGAGGUAUAGUAAGUUUGCAUUCUUUCGCUUGACCAAGGUCACAUCUUGAUAGUUAUGAUUUUUCUAGAGAAAAUUUUGUCAUCUAUGCUUCGGUUCUCCAUCAUCUGUUUCGAAUUUUGUAAAUAUCUGUGGACUACAAUGAUGAAAACUGAAAUUCGAUAAAGCAUAUAACUCGAGAUUGCUAUUUCCUUGAAUAUUUGUCCCCUCAUCAAAUACAUAGGAGCCGAACACUACGAAAGUUAUCGGUUUCCAUGACCCUGUGCAGAAAAGAUGGGGAUGGCGCGUCAAUGACGAAAUAGUGGCGGUCCUAACUUCCAGACGAGCCGGAGACAAGGCGUGGUUUCCUAUCGUAGAUUUUGACGACCUCUAUAAGCGUUUUACCACCAUCAAAGAAACUUGGAACGAGUUUACGGAAAACAAGCGCAUCUAUUUCGGCGUCUACAGGCCACACAUACCGAAGGGGGAAAAGUACCCGCCACUGCCGAGGAAACUGCAUAUGAUCACAGCUAGGUAUUACAAGUGGUUCUUCCUUGUUCAUGUAUAUGACCACUGUUUAUUUUUCCUCCACCAGGUACGUUUAUCGUCUUCUUCUUGAAUAUGGUCACUGCUAUAAGUCAGACUCAGAGUUAGACUUAGAGAACGUCCAAUCAUAGGCGUGGAGGAACAAACCUUCUAGCUCGAUACUAACACGACUUCAAUCCGUACUCAAAUAGAAGCGUUUCGUCCACCAUAGGUAUCUCGACGACCGUGGCAGUGAUUUCGAUGAUUCCUCAGAAGAUGAGUAUUUCCAGCUGACCGAAGUUCAAGGGAAGAAGAAGCCCAAGCCGUUGCCUAGGGCCGACUGGUUACGGUAUUGUGCCUUCAAAUAUGCGAUUGAGAAGGAGAAUCUUGCGCAGGCAGAAUACGACAGGAGAGAGCAGAGACGCUUAGACAUCGAAGCUGGAGAAGGAAAAUACUUCACGGAUCCCGCGAACGUCAGUGACUAUCGAGAGGUAUUGUUCAAGGUGAAUUGUCUUGAUUCAGUGCAGAGUGGGCCACAGAAAUACCUCAUGGGUUGUUGGUGUAGAGUUCUAUAGCCUUAGACAGAGGGUGAUAAGAACACUUUCCGUCCGCAGUACCUGUAGUACCAAAAGAGAGCAGGGUAGAGAUAGACAGAGGACUAGUAGCUAUCAUGAUCAAUACAAUAACAAUAUCUUCGCCAUCUCUCCCAAGGUUGUGACCGUAGUCGAUGAAUACGGCCGCGAGAUGCAGCACACAAUUCCUCGUGGCAUCGACGUGCAUCUCGAACAGAAGCGAAAAGAAGAUCGUGCGAAAGAGGCUGAUAAGCGGAAAAAACUCAAGCACCGGGUCAAAAUUAAAGAUCAAAUUCUCUUAUGGGCAGUGGCUGUGAGCGACAGGGCAGACCCUGUAUCAUAUUUUCUCCAUCGCCGUACAAGUACAAUCCACAUGACAAUCCAUCAACACGUAAUCUCUGUCUCGUUUUCUAACUCGACCUGGCGAAACAGCUGCUGACUAUCGGGUCUGGCCUGACGGGAACGAAAGUAAGAGGGACAAAUGGGAGUAUUUCACGGAGUGGCCUGGUGAGGGCACGGCUCAUCUCAUGAUGAGUGCAGACUACGACCCUGGAGCGCACUCCCUGGACAUUUAUAAAUCCUUUCAUGGGACCGAUGCGCCAUGAAGGAGAAAUUGAAUUUAUGAUCUUGAGAUAGGUUGAGGUGGUUUAGAAAGGUAUACUUGAAGUUUGUGGCAGUGAAUAGUGAAUACUUGUUUGACUUGUCUUGUAGAUUCGUUAACUCUAGUUAGAAUUGUCACGUGGAGGUCGUGUUGUACAGAUGCACCGACCUUCGGGCGUGUUGGCCCUAUAACAAAGCAUAUAGCCCAAACCCCACAACGCUACCAUAAUGUCAUUGCGCUUGGCGUUGGCUCACUUGCUUGACUUUGUACUUGGACUAUAUUCAGACUCCCCAUUCUUGCUAACUACUUCCUUUUACUUGUGAUGUUGACAUGUGAACAGGGAAAUGUGAUUUUGAGAUGUUGGAAAAAGGUUGCUCGCUUAAAACCUUUGACUCUUUGCUGAACAGUCUUUUUUUGUUAGAUUUGAGUUGUUUCUUUGCGCAUUGAAUUUGGGUAUUUGCUUUUCUUGAUUAUAAACACCAUAGGGAACAAGAUAUCAAUCCAACUGACUCAUUUCUCUUGAUUCUAUUCAUACUAAAUCCUUAAUUUUCCACCCAGACUCACAAGCAUAAGUGUAAAUGGCCCAGUUAACCCAGUGACCAAUUGUUACCCUCUCAGAUUAUUUGAUCAGGGUCAAGGACCAUUGACUCAGCAACGGCAAGAUAAAGUUCGGUUCCCGCGGCUUAUCUACUUCAUCGUCG